UUUUCAAUACUCCAAGUCGCAUCGAGCGUUAUUUCCCCCGUGGAUCGGUAAUAGGCUUUUUCCGAGAUCGCGAUUUUUUCAUGCACGACGAAAAAAAAAAUCGGCACGCGCGUGUCCAAGUGGAAGAAACAACAAUAAUGAUGUGUUAUCGCGCGGUAGGUCCGACCAAAGUGCCGUAAAAAAAGCCAUCGAGGCGGGCCAAAAAGAAGCUGCGACUUUUCGGGGACCAACGCGGCACGAGCAUACGUGCACCGGAAUCGGGUUACAUAGGGGUAGAGCUUGCGUGAGCGACCGAUGGGAUCCACAUGCUCGGCAUCAGCAAGAAAAUGCCGUUUUUCAAAGCCCUCCGAAUAUCAUCCUCGUCGUCCGAGAAACAACAGAAGCAGCAGCAACGAUCGAACAACGGGUCUUCUUGCCCGUUGACGCCCACCGGGAGCCAUAACUGCAACGGCUACCGGGGAGUGCAACUGCGUCAGGAGGAGCGACAGCCUCAGCUGGUGUUUUAUUGCCAAUUGGCGCACGGUAGCCCGACCGGCCUGAUAUCCGGCUUCAGCAAUGCGCGCGAGCUGUACUCCAAGAUCGCCGAGUGCUUCGCCAUCCUUCCCGAUGAUAUCAUCUUCUGCACGCUCAACACCCACAAAAUCGACAUGGGCCAGUUGAUAGGAGGCCAGAUCGGACUCGACGACUUUAUAUUUGCCCACAAGAAAGGUCGUGCGAAAGAGGUCGAGCUGAUAAAAACCGAGCCGGCGCUGGGGCUGACGUUGACGGACAACGGCGCCGGUUUCGUCUUUAUCAAGCGGAUCCGCGACAACUCGAUAAUGGACAAGCUGGGCGUCGUCCAAAUCGGGGACCACCUGGAGAAGCUCAACGGGGCCAGUCUGGUGGGCAAGCGGCACUUUGAGGUCGCGCGCAUGCUCAAGGAGAUCGAGUGCGGCUCGAGCAUGCUGCUGCGGCUUGUCGAGCCGGCGAGUCGGACCACCGGCUUUGGGCCCAUUGGGCUGAGGGCUGCUGGCCCCAGGAGCAGGGCCAAGUUCGCUGGAUACCCGACCGGCUGGGAGACGCUGAGGUUCAAGGCUGACGGCUUUGCCAGGAUCGAGCAGCUGAACGAGACUGACAAGGCGAGGGAGCAGAUCGAGAAGAUCAACAACGCCCUGGAUGUGUACAUGGGAAUCAGCGAUUACGUGCUCGCGAGGAGGUUGUGGGAGAUUGCGCAGAAGAAAAUCAACAGUAUGGAUCUCGCCAAAGCGAUGGACUCGGCGCUACCGGACUCUUACGAUUUUCCAAAGGAUUUUAUCUUCGACGUCUGGAAAAUUGCAUUCGAGACCAGAAAGAAUCCGUGAAUACGUGUAUUUUGUAAAUACCUUAUUGGCCAUAUAAAUUUGUUUUUUUUUUUUUAAUCAAAGUCCAUUCAUAUUACGUUAUAUUACGUUUAUACAUUUGUGGUUAAUUGUGCGUGCAUUUAUGUGUAUAUAAAUAUCGAGUCCACUGUUGGAUCGUUCAAGUAUUCUUAUAACAUUAGCGAUAACGUAAAAUUGAAAGUAACAAACAAACGUUUGUAAGUACACGCGUGUACUGUUACA